UAGACAUCGACUUGCACUAGAUCGAAAUAUAGGAACCAUUGGGUGCUCACACCCACAAUACAAUAUUAGAUAGCACGGCAUCUGUGAAAAUGGACAGCUCUGAGAUUGAGAAGACCUCCCGAGCAGCCUCACCUGCUCCCACAAUCCCAGCUCAGACACAACGCGAAGAUGAAGACGUGAUAUCGACGCGUCCAAAGCGCAAGCUUGACGACAUGGCAGGCUCACACGAUGCCAAUAGUCAACAGAACACACUUACCUUGGCUGUAAACGUCACCAAGAAACCAUUGGCCCAAGCAAGCACACCAUCAGCCACGCCCACGCCAGGUCAGAAACCAAUACUUGAGAAUCCCUUGACACCAGUCAAGACUCCAUCGCACAAGCCUGCACGCUCAGUCGAGCAAGAUGCUGCCGAAGACCAGGAACCGGAGGAACUUGAAGAUGACUCAGAUCAGUCUGACCCGGGCGAACCGAUUGAACGUCUCGACUGGGCGGAUCUGGAAGAUCGCUUCAUGACCGAGAUGAGUGCCCAGCAGCAGAAAGAAGCAGAUUCCCUUCGAGAGUGGAACGACCUGAUGGAGGUAACAUCAGAUGCAUACUCGAACAUCGUCUCCGGGCUCACAAACGUACAGUUCUUCUCGAUAUGGUCUGCGGUACCGGGGACCCAUGAGCUGGAUCGCUGUAAGAAGCGACUUCGCACACGCAUGUCACAUGUUCAGAAUUCAGAACGGCUACUUGAAGAUAAGCGGGAACGCUAUCUGACCGUUGUGAAUGCAUUCCAGAAAGCGCUUGCACUCUUCAAUGAAUAA